CUUUAUGGACAUUUCAACACUUCUUUCAAGAAAGUUCAUUUUUUUCCUCUCUGCACUUUUCUUUGAACGGCUAUUCAGCUUUGCAGACAUAAACUGAGAAUCAUCAGACACUGAAAUGUCAUCUACAGUGAAACAAGCAGUUUCAGAGCUUUCUCUACCAGUCCCAUGGGGGGAGAUCAGAGGCAAAAUCUGGGGUCCCGAUCACGGUCGUCCUGUGCUGUGCCUGCAUGGCUGGGCUGACAACUGUGGUACCUUCAACACUCUCAUUCCCCAUCUACCCAAGGAGUGCAGAUACGUGGCGGUGGACCUGCCAGGUCAUGGUCUGUCAUCUCAUCGUCCUCCUCGAGUCUUCUACUCCUUUUCUGCAUAUGUGGCGGAUGUACGCAGGGUUGUUAACGGUCUUCAGUGGACAAAAUUCUCCAUCAUAGGCCACAGUAUGGGUGGCAACAUUGCUGCGAUGUUCAGUGCACUGCAUCCUGAUAUGUUGGAAGCCAUCGUUCUCCUGGAUGCUUUUGGAUUUUUACCUAUAAAUCCAACAGAAAUAUCCAAAGUGCUGAGGCAGGGGAUGGAUGAGAUGCUGCAGUUUGAAAAACAGACAGAAGACAAGAGAAGAGUUUACACUUAUGAGAAGGCAUUUGAGAGGUUGUUAGCUGCCAACCCGAUUCUGUCUGAAGAGUCUGUGAACAUCCUUUUAGAGCGAGGUCUAGUUCAAGUUGAAAGAACAGGAUUUGUGUUCUCCAGAGACCUGCGAGUAAAUUUUAAAAACAUAGAGCGUAUCAGUCUGGAGCAGAGUCUGAAGAUGCAGUCCAGGACACAAGCCUCUGUCCUAGUUAUUCUAGCAGACGAAGGCUUCGGUAAAACAUUUCCAGAAUCAGGCCAACAGAAACUGACCAACACGCUUCUCCAAGGCUAUCGUGGCAGAACUCACACAGUGGUGACAGUACCAGGCGAUCAUCACGUCCAUCUGAAUAAUCCUGAAGUCAUUGCUCCGUUUGUGUCCAAUUUCCUGCAGACCAAAGUGCUCUCACAGCAGCUGCCAGCUUAGUGGAUGGAUGCCAAAGUUAAACCAACGCACAAAUACAUCUUCAUUGUAAAGAUUUUACCCACUACACAAUUUCAUUAGCCACUUGGAAUAAUCAUGUCUGAAUGUGGAAAUGUCAAAUGAAUCCAAUAUUGCUAAAAUGAAAUUGCUGCUGGAUUAAAUUUACAUCAGUUAAGUCUUUUUUUGUAAACUCUCUCUAUUAGUUUUGUAAGUAAGAAUACAAACAGAAGAAGAACAAUGUAGGUCCAUAGAUCAUUAUAUUGUGGUAACUGGGGACACGACUUUAAAAUAAAUACCUCUUAAAAAUACACGAUUGUGGAAAAAAAGAACAUUAAACAGUCCUUUAUCUAAUGACCGCAGGACAGAAUAAGUGAAAAUUCUGUCUGUCUGAAGAUGUUUCCAUUUUUGUUGCAUUGUUUAACUGUUUAGUGUUAAUUUCAAAAUGGUGUCUGUGUGAAUUUAUACUACACUGACUUUGCUCGUGGCAAUAAUACCUUCUACCUCGUCUGCUUCCUGGAAAAAAUAUUGAUUGUUCACAUGAUUCAUGAUGUUUAGGUUUAAUUUGUAUUGGUAAUGUUAAGUUCCAUUUUGAUAAGAUUUGUUGGACUGUGAAAACACACGAGACAGCAGUGGAAAUAAAUCAGGACCUCAUUGUUCUGUCUGAUAUACUGUGUCUUAUGAUUAUAUAUAUUUUAUAAUAUAUGAUUAUAUUGCCAAUACACCAAACAAAAUGAAACAAAUUCCGAAACCGAUGAACCAAAAAACUUACUAAGAUCAUGAUUGAUUCAAAUCAGCUUCAGCGUUCAGGUUCAGGUCUGUAUUGUUUAAACAACAUUGUCAUUCCUUUGUGUAAUUUAUUCAGUUCUGAAGUCACAUGGCUUCAUUUCUGCUGCCAGAUAUCAUGGCUCUUCAUUUGAUGCCGAUCUCUGUAAUUCAGCAGCUUUCCAAUGAUCGAAUCCAAUGCUUGAGCUAAAAAUGUCAUUAAAACCAAUGACAUCCUCUGACAACUUUUCAGUAUGUAGGACAUCUUCUAUGUAUGCAGCUUUUGUCUCAGAAACAGCAACAAAUUUAUUUUUUUUAAGCAAUUUUUUUCCUGCUUUUACUCAGGGGGAGUGACUCCAUAAAACACUGCAGCUGCCGCCAGUCAGCGCAGAUAUGAGAGGUGCUGCUCACACAAAAAUGCCCCCCUCCCUCUCAAUGUCACAUAAACUGUGUGAUGGCCUCGGUGUUAAAUGGAGUGGAAUUGAUUUUACGCAGCAAGCAGCAAGGCGGCAAGCAUCCAGAGACAUCUGAAGGGCCUGCCCCCCCUCUCCCCCUGCUUUCUCAUCCAACUCCCUUCUCUUACUCUCACCCCACCAAAAAAAAAAGAUUAUAGUUAUAUAAGUUUCCCUCCCACUCCCUCCAUCCUCUCAGCCAUCAGCAGGGGUGUUGUCAUAGCAACCCCCACCCCUCCUUUGAACGUCAGAGCCGGGAGCUGGAGGAUGAAGCCGCAUGCAGCUUCUGUCUCUUGUGCCUCUCAGAGAGCACCUGUGAUUUUAGCCGUCUCACAUGCAAUAGUAGGGGCUGCUGUGCUGCAUCUGGAUAUAAUCUAAUGAUUGAUUUGAUUCACGGCUGCUGUGCAUCGCAUACC